AUGGAUAAUAGUGACCUCGUUCCUAAUUUCGAUGAUAUAGAAGAAAAGAAAGCCUCAGUAGUUGCACCAAGUGUUAAGGAUCAAAUCCAUAUUCGUAUCCAACAGCGCUCUGGACGCAAGUCUUUGACAAUUAUUCAGGGACUUCCAGAAAAACUCGAUCUUAAGAAAGUACUUUCCUAUUUCAAGAAGCGCUUUUGCUGCAACGGCAAUAUCAUUGCAGAAGAGAAUGAGCCAAAAGUCCUUCAAAUUACAGGCGACCAACGCCAAAACGUCGCAGAAUUCUUAAUCAAUGAGAAAAUCGCACCAAAGGAAAUGGUAAUCAUUCACGGUACUUAA